AUGAGAUACCAACUCUCAGCUGCCCUAAUGGGCCUUGCCGCUACAGGAGUAUCAGCCCAGGAACAGCAGAGUGGCCCUUUCGCUCUACAUGUUAAGGGCACGAAUCCUAACAGCACAAUCGAUGGUUACGGUGGCAGUUGCCACGCGGGAGCUGGGAUCUCGGGGCUGUGCUACUCCGUGUUGUCUGACACGACCGAUCUUCCAAAUACCUACCAGUACUGGUUCAACUACACCGGGUUCAAUCAGGUCGGUGAUGCUGAGGUCGGCACUUUGACGUGGAAUCAACCAUACACGGAUGAAGAGGGCAACCCCGCAUCUGUCAACCAGGCAAUGGGUCUAGUUUACCAGACGACUAGCAAUGUCGCUGCGCCGCUCUUCGGGUUCAGCCAAGACAUCUUCCUCAUUGGCUUCGACAGCGAGAACGAGCUUUUUGGCUACAGCUACGUUGACGACUCCAAGUUUGUCGCUGGCCAACAACCCCCCACCGCGCCCAAGGCUUCUUACCAAUGGGCCGUUUGCUGGCAAUACUUCACUGGAUACUUCUAUCAAUCCGUAGCUUGGAUACAGCAGGGUGCUCCCCACAACCCCACUUGCGAACCAGUUGAGAUCACCCAGGUUAGUCUCUGA